CGUUAUGUACCGCGAGCCCUGAUCACGGUGCCAUCUUUUCCUAAUGGUGGCUUGCUAGUACCUUUGCCCUUCACCUCAGAGAUCCUGCUGCUUUUAGUAAACUGUGAAACAACCCGGAGUGUGUAUUUGUGUGUCCGUGUGUAAUUGUUAGUGCAUACGAGAGGGAUUCGAUACGAUUUCCCGGUAGUACGAUGGCGACGGAAAUGGAAAAUAUGGUGGAGCACAUGAGACGGUUCGCGUGGCCCGAUUACCUGGUGUUUGUGUCAAUGCUGCUCUUGUGCAUCCUGAUCGGUGUCUACUUUGGUUUCGUGCAACGUAAACCCAACACCGAGGCCGAAUACCUGAUGGGUGGCCGAACGAUGCUGGUAUUUCCGAUCGCGCUAUCGCUGAUCGCAAGUUUCAUCUCCGGCAUCACGCUGCUUGGACUUCCGACGGAAGUCUACUCGUUCGGGAUACAGUACGUGUAUGUGGCGCUUGGCGUGACACUGAUGGGAAUCGUGAUGGGCUACAUCUAUCUGCCCGUUUUUCACAAGCUUAACAUCACAUCGACCUACGAGUACCUGGAAACUAGAUUCGAUCGUCGAUUACGCAUGUUUGGCUCGAUUAUGUUCACCAUCAUGAAUAUUGGUUAUCUGCCGAUCGUAAUCUACGUUCCAGCACUGGCCUUCAACCAAGUGACGGGCGUCAAUAUUCACGUCAUUACCCCCAUCGUCUGUAUCGUUUGUGUGUUUUACACUUGUGUGGGAGGACUAAAGGCCGUAGUGUGGACCGAUGUUGUGCAGACCUUUUCGAUGUUUGGUGCACUAGUGCUGGUCGCUGUUAAAGGAACUAUCGAUCUCGGUGGAUCCAGCGUCGUAUUCAACCGCGCAUGGGAUACCGGGCGACUGGAACGUCCCAAUUUCGACUUUAAUCCAACAAUUCGACACACGUUUUGGUCGCAGCUGAUCGGGGGCUUCGUUUAUUGGCUGCAGACGAAUGCAGUCAGUCAAAACAUGAUUCAGCGUUACCUAUCCCUGCCCUCAGUGGCCGCUGGCAGACGUGCGCUAUGGAUCUUCGUUUUCGGUGUUUGCCUGCUGAUGUCCCUGUGCAGUUACUGUGGGCUACUCAUCUACGCCACCUACCAGGACUGUGAUCCACUCACCACGAAGCUUGCACGUGCCAAGGAUCAACUGUUGCCUCUGUUUGUGAUGGACAUAUUGCGAGACAUGCCAGGUCUUUCGGGACUCUUCGUAGCGGGAGUGUUCAGUGCUGCCCUUAGCUCCCUUUCCACCUGCCUCAACUCCAUGUCAGCGGUAAUUCUAGAGGAUUUUGUGAAACCGUUCGUGAAAGAGCCACUCUCGCCUCGAGCAAUCAACUGGAUCAUGCGAUCGGUGGUCGUAGGAGUUGGAGCCCUCUGUGCUGCUCUAGUGUUCGUGGUGGAAAAAAUGGGAACUGUGCUGCAGCUCACGAUGAGUCUUGAGGCGAUCACCAAUGGUCCACUGUUGGGCACGUUUACAAUAGGAAUUCUCAUCCCAUGGGUCGGUUCCGGGUGUGCACUAGUUGGUGGCAUUGUUGGAGUGGUAUUCAUGUCCUGGUUAAGCCUGAAAGCUCAGUACUGGGUCGCUACUGGUACGAUCGUGUUUCCUCACAAACCGAUGUCAGUCGAAGGUUGUUCCUAUGAAUUCGAUCACUCAUUGGUCAAUGUAACCAGCACCAGCUUGUACACGACCGAUGAUAUCUUUCCAUUGUUCCGAGUAUCGUACAUGUGGUACACAUUCCUGGGAGCGGGCGUCACCAUACUGGUCUCGUUGCUCUCUACCAUGCUUAUCUACGGUCGCAACGAUCCAAAAACCAUCCCUCCGGAGUUGCUGGCUGGGUUCGUGAGUCGUUACGUGCACGGUAGCGACAAAAGUGUGACUAAAGAUAGCACAGCGCAGCAAAGGGUUCCAGCGUCUAUGACCGGCCGCACUAAUGGAAAAACGUUGCACGAAUCUGCAUUAUAAAGUGACAUUCACAUGACAUUUUCUCUAAAUGACGAAAUGCGAUUGCUAUGAUCAGUAAACAUUCGCCAAUUUUAUAAGCAUACUAGUUUUGAUAAUAAAUAAGCAUCAGAAUAAUCUUCUGUAUAGGA